UGUGCACUCUCAUCUAACAUUCUGUAAAUAUGUUUUAAUGAACUGAAAGGAGAAAAUCGUUUUGCGUAUUUGCAAAUUAUGAACGAAUCGCCUAAUAAGUAGUUGUGGCUACUUAUGAAAUGAAUUUUGCUCCAUAGAAAACUCCAGUCAGGCUCUGUGUGUUUUAAUAUUUAUGCAUUUCUUUUAUUACAGACCCUUGUCUGUUUUCUCACGAGGAUACAGAAAUGACCUGAUCUGUCUAACCCUUUACAAACACAGAGUCCCUGUACGACCAGAUCUGCACAUCAGGCCGACCACUGAGUCUGUGUUCCCGGGAAGGCCAGCGCCAGGCUCGGGAGAAACAGACAUGGCCAAUAAUUCUUUUCGUGGUUCCAAACAUGGCCGACAGGGUGAGGCCAACCACGAGGCCGAGCCCAGCUGCUCAGUGCAGGAGCUGCGCUCACUUAUGGAGCUGAGAGGUCCGGAGGCGCUGGAAAGGAUUCAGGAGUGUUACAGGGACGUUAACGGACUGUGUGCCAGACUGGGCACAUCACCUGUCAAAGGUUUAGAUGGACACGUGGAGGAGAUCAACAGAAGGAAACAGGAGUUUGGAAAGAACAUUAUUCCUCCUAAAAAGCCAAAAACCUUUCUGUACUUAGUGUGGGAGGCUCUGCAGGAUGUCACGCUCAUCAUCCUGGAAAUAGCAGCCAUCAUUUCACUAGGCCUGGCUUUCUACCAUCCGCCAGAUGCUAGGAACAGGAACUGUGGGAAACUGGCUGUCGGUGUGGAAGACGAGAGUGAGGCGGAGGCUGGAUGGAUCGAAGGUGCUGCCAUCCUGCUGUCUGUGGUGUGUGUGGUCCUGGUCACAGCCUUCAAUGACUGGAGUAAAGAGAAGCAGUUCCGCAGCCUCCAGAACCGCAUCGAGCAGGAACAGAAGUUCUCCGUGGUCCGAGGAGGCCAGGUGAUCCAGGUCAAUGUAGCUGACAUCGUCGUCGGAGACGUUGCACAAAUCAAAUACGGUGACCUCCUCCCCGCCGAUGGUGUCCUGAUUCAGGGAAACGAUCUGAAGAUUGAUGAGAGCUCUUUAACCGGAGAGUCGGAUCAUGUCAAGAAGAGUGUCGACAAAGACCCCAUGAUACUGUCAGGUACCCAUGUCAUGGAGGGUUCUGGCAAGAUGGUGGUCACUGCUGUAGGUGUGAACUCUCAGACUGGGAUCAUCUUCACACUACUCGGUGCUGAGGAGGAAGGAGAUGGUGAGAAAGACAGAAAGAAGAAAGAGAAGAAGGAAGAGGUGCCGAAAAAGAAGGGCAAGAAAGACGAGAAGCGAAAAAACAAUGAUGGAGUCAUUGUGGAGACAGAGCCGCUCAACAAAGAUGGCGAACCGGGAAAGAAAAGGCCACCAAAGAAGGAGAAGUCUGUCCUCCAGGGGAAGCUGACCAAACUCGCUGUGCAGAUUGGCAAAGCAGGUCUGAUCAUGUCGACUCUCACUGUCAUCAUACUCGUCAUUCGCUUCCUGAUCGAUACCUUCUGGAUUCAGGGAAUUCACGUGUCCAAAGCGUGUUUGUCCAUCUACAUCCAGUUCUUGGUCAAGUUCUUCAUCAUCGGUGUGACGGUUCUGGUGGUGGCCGUGCCCGAAGGUCUCCCUCUGGCUGUCACCAUCUCCCUGGCCUAUUCAGUCAAGAAAAUGAUGAAGGACAACAAUCUGGUCCGCCACCUGGACGCCUGUGAGACAAUGGGCAAUGCCACAGCCAUCUGCUCCGACAAGACGGGCACACUGACUAUGAACCGCAUGGCGGUGGUGCAGAUCUACAUUGCAGGAAACUACUACAAAAAGGUUCCAGAGCCUGACCUGAUCCCUGCUGAUGUCCUGGACCUGCUCAUUCAGGGCAUCGGGGUCAAUUGCGCCUACACCUCCAAGAUUAUGCCUCCAGAGAAGGAGGGCGGGCUGCCUCGGCAGGUGGGAAACAAGACUGAAUGUGCCUUACUGGGACUCGCACUCGACCUGCGCCGAGACUACCAGGCCAUCCGCAACGAAAUCCCAGAAGAGAAACUGUACAAGGUCUACACCUUCAACUCUGUGAGGAAGUCCAUGAGCACCGUGCUGAAGAAACAUGAUGGGAGCUAUCGAAUGUUCAGCAAGGGGGCUGCUGAGAUCCUGCUCAGGAAGUGCUGUAAGGUCCUGAUACAAAAUGGACAGACUAAAGACUUCACACAGCGGAGCCGAGAGUACACGAUGAAGAAGGUGAUUGAGCCGAUGGCGUCGGAGGGCCUAAGGACCAUCUGCCUCACCUACAAAGACUUCCCCACUGCUGAUGGAGAGCCUGACUGGGACAAUGAGUCCCACAUCCUCGCAGGUCUUACAUGCAUCACUGUGGUUGGCAUUGAGGACCCUGUACGACCUGAGGUACCAGAAGCCAUCAGAAAGUGCCAGCGGGCUGGGAUCACGGUUCGCAUGGUGACUGGAGACAACAUCAACACUGCACGAGCCAUUGCCAUCAAAUGUGGCAUCCUGCAACUGGGAGAUGACUUCCUGUGUUUGGAGGGCAAAGAGUUCAACCGACGGAUCCGCAACGAGCUGGGAGAGAUUGAGCAGGAGCGUAUCGAUAAGAUUUGGCCAAAGCUGCGAGUUCUCGCCAGAUCGUCUCCAACAGACAAACACACUCUGGUCAAAGGUAUCAUUGACAGCAUGAUUCUGGAGCAGAGGCAGGUUGUCGCUGUAACUGGAGAUGGAACGAACGAUGGUCCUGCCCUCAAGAAAGCAGAUGUUGGCUUUGCCAUGGGCAUUGCGGGGACGGACGUGGCAAAAGAGGCGUCUGACAUCAUUUUGACAGAUGACAACUUCAGCAGCAUUGUGAAGGCCGUGAUGUGGGGCAGGAACAUCUAUGACAGCAUCUCCAAGUUCCUUCAGUUCCAGCUGACUGUCAACGUGGUGGCCGUCAUCGUCGCCUUCAGCGGAGCCUGCAUCACCCAGGACUCUCCUCUGAAAGCUGUGCAGAUGUUGUGGGUCAAUCUCAUCAUGGACACCUUUGCCUCACUGGCUCUCGCCACCGAGCCGCCGACUGAGGCGCUGCUGCUCAGGAAACCAUACGGACGCAAGAAGCCACUCAUCUCACGCACCAUGAUGAAGAACAUCCUGGGACAUGCCAUCUACCAACUAACCAUAAUCUUCGUCCUGCUUUUCCUUGGUGAGACGCUGUUUAAUAUCGACAACGGCAGGAACACCCCCAUCCACGCCCCUCCCACUGAGCACUACACCAUUGUGUUCAACACCUUUGUUCUCAUGCAGAUUUUCAAUGAGCUCAAUGCCCGUAAGAUUCAUGGGGAGAGGAACGUGUUUGAGGGCGUCUACAGGAACCCCAUCUUCUGCUCCAUCGUCCUGGGAACCUUUCUCACACAGGUCAUCAUUGUGGAGUUCGGCGGUAAACCAUUCAGCUGUGUGGGUCUGACCUUUGAGCAGUGGCUGUGGUGUCUUUUCCUGGGCUUCGGCACCCUCCUGUGGGGACAGCUGGUGUCCAGCGUCCCCACCAGUUGGCUUAAGUUCCUGAAGACAGCGGGUCACGGCACACAGCAGGAGGAGAUCCCUGAGGAUGAGCUGGAGGAGAUGGAGGACCAGGAUGAGAUUGACCACGGUGAGAUAGAGCUGAGGAGGGGCCGCGUGCUUUGGUGUCGCGGCCUCAGCCGCAUCCAGACUCAGAUCCGGGUGGUAAAAGCCUUCAGAGACUGCGUGUCUCCCUAUCAAGGUUUGGAGACGCCCGAGUCUCGCAGCUCCAUCCACAACUUCAUGACCCACCCUGAGUUCCAAUUUGAGGACUCUGAGCCUCAGAUCCCCCUGAUCGAUGACACAGAGGGCGAGGAUGAUUCUCCCACCAAACGCAACUCCAUCGAUCCACCACCGCAGACUGAACUGCCGCCAUCCCUGUCUUCACCCAACCAGAACAAUAACGCCACAGAUCGCAUCGUCCCACUGCAUAAGGACACCUCCAGGUCUGGUCUGACCCCGCCCAACUCAGCAGGGCUGCUGUUGUGUCCAGGCAGCCCCCUGCAUAGCCUGGAGACCUCACUGUGAAGCCCUGUCCCCAGACCCGACUACUUCUAGUUACAGUGGUCUGUUCUCUUUGUACUGUGUUUGUUAUGGAGAGAGCUCUGGCUCUGAGAGCAGAAGAAUAAAAUAACGUUGAAACAGA